UGCUGACGGCGCGGCGCCCGCGCGCAUAGGAACCUGUCGCCGGUGUUUCCGUCAGCUAUUUUCCCCCCUUUGGACACUUUCGACGGUCGCGUGACACGCUGACAUAAAACGGCUCGUCAUUACGUUGCUGUCGUCCGAGUCAGGAUGACUGGAGUGUCAGUAUCGAUUCACCUGGUUGCUGGUUAUGCCGUCUCGCACGAAGCAUUUCCGGUUGGAGACGAGAGCCACGAGAUGAUUCGCUGAUGAAAACGCGCGCGGAUAAGAAGAUGUAGUAGGAGAUAUUGUAGAAGAAUGCGCAGCUUCCGACAACUUUUAUUCGGCAUGUUCAUAUUUGCAACAUGUUGCAUCACCUUCGGAAAAAAUGAUACGACGACCGAAGAAAGUUCCGUAGAGACAACGAUACCCGCAAAAAUGAAAAUAACAUCUUGGAACGACAUGCCGUUUUCCGGAUUAGUGAAGGAGAACGGAACGUGGGUGGGAAAAGGCUACGCGUUUUACUUGCUCGAGUUGCUCAGUUCCAAAUUAAAUUUCACUUACACGAUCGUGCCACCUAAGCAGCACGUGCUGGGCAACAGUCAAAAUGGAAUAUUGAAUUUACUUUACGAGAAGAAGGUGGAUAUGGCGGUGGCCUUUUUGCCCAUUUUACCGGAGUUGCGGGAGUAUUGCACAUUCAGUACAACCCUGCAGCAAAGCGAGUUGACGGUAUUGAUGAAGCGACCGAUAGAAUCGGCAACCGGUUCGGGUCUACUCGCACCAUUUAACACAAUGGUUUGGUUGCUAGUACUGGCCUCAGUGCUCUCCAUGGGACCCAUAAUCUACAUCUUCGCCAUGUUCAGACGGAAGUUGUGGAAUGAACCCGAUAUCGAAAAUUACAGCAUUUUCUCUUGCGUAUGGUUUGUGUAUAUUUGUGCCUUGAAACAAGGAGCGACUAUGAAAGCGAUGACAGACCCGACGCGGAUUCUGUUCGCCACGUGGUGGAUAUUCAUUUUGAUACUGACGUCUUUUUACACAGCAAAUCUUACCGCAUUCCUCACAAAGCCGCAGUUUACCUUACCGAUCAACAGCGUACAAGAUAUAAUGCGUAAAGGUUACAAAUGGGUCACUUACAAAGGACGCACACUCGACUUUUUGCUUUCUCACGUUCACUAUGCGGAGGAGUUACGUAUUUUAAACGCCACAAAAUGGGUGGGGCCUCACAUCACGGCGUACGAUUAUCCGAUUAACGAUAUUUAUAAAACUAUGGAGAAAAACAGAUUGUUCCUUGGGGAGACUCAUUUCCUUCAAAGUUUGAUAUUCGAGGAUUACAUCAACAAAACUCGCCAACACCUAAUGCAUCAGAAGAGAUGUACCUACGUUAUUAUGCCCAACGCAAUUCUCGUGACCAAUAAAGCAUUCGCCUUCCCCUUGAACUCUACCUUGGAGAAACCGUUUAAUAAAGAACUGAUGACCUUAGUGGAAUCUGGUAUAAUAAAACACGAGAAACUGAAGAAUCUACCAAUCGCGCAGAUAUGCCCGCUAGAUCUUCAGUCCAAAGAAAGGCGUCUGUCGCUUGUCGAUCUAUCCUUGACGUUUGAAGUGGUUGUCGUUGGAUAUGCAAUCGCGAUCUUGAUUUUCAUUCUCGAGAUAGCGAUCAGAUGGAUGGCAAACUCUUACAAACGGCGGAGAAAGAUCGACAGAUGGUACGAUCACACGUCGUUCUGCUGCAAAUGGAAACGGAGAUCGAACGACUCCGUGAUACCGCGUUUGAUGUACACCACCAAGAAUCAGCUCUUCGACAAACGGAUCAAUUUGCAGAAGAUAAACAUGCGGCCAUCAUAUUCGAAUAUUGCUCAGCAAAAGAAACACAGCAUUAACGGGCGCGAGUAUUACAUUGUGAUGGAUCGUUCUGGCGAUCAAAGAUUAAUACCUAUUCGCACGCCGUCCGCGUUUCUGUUUCAAUACACGGCGUAACGGAGGAAACGGUUUACACGUCCGAAUCGGUGAACUACGAUAAAUCACUGGUAGAAUUUAUUCGAAAUUCUAGCAAUUUCAUUAUUUCGUCUAAAUUGCAUGCUAAGCGGCGCAAUUAGCGUCCGUCGAAAAUUGUACAGUCAUCAAUCAUGUAGUCAUCCGUCGACAUAAUCUAAUAUCAUUCGCGAAAUAGAAUUUUCAAUUAUUAUAGAACGAUAACUUUAGGUACAUUUUUUUAGUUCCAGUAUCAAUUAUUUUUUACAUGAAAUGUACUUAUUGAACAUAGAGUGUUAUAAAAAUAUUAAAUAAAUAUGAAGUGUAGAGAAUUAGAUGGAAAUACAUAUGUAUAUCCAAUGAUUUAUUUUUGAGUUAUCACUCAUUUGAAUGUCAUUUUGGAGUUGGUGUAUUUUUCAUAAGGAUAAUUAUUCAGCCUAGCCUGAUCUAGUCUAUCUAUAAUUUUAGAACAACAAAUCUGUGAAAAGUCACAUUUAUCUCUAGGUACUACACUUUUAUUGGUAUAAUAUAGAAUAUAUUGUAAAAUAAAUUUCAUAGAUUCGUUA